AUGUACGCGGACGAGAUUAAGCCAGGUAAUGUCUUGAGGCCUGACAAGGGCCGCGAGCAGCUGUGCUUCUACUGGACGCUGAAAGAGUUGCCGAGUUGGUUUGUCAGCAGGGACCAAGGUUGGUUCUUCUUCGGGUGCUUCCCGACGAGCAUGAUCGGAAAUGUUGCUGGCGGCUACUCAUUUCUUUUCAGCCUCAUGGUAGAAUGCUUCUUCGACCUGCAGCAGGACAAGCUCAACUUUGGAACAGGCAUCCCCCUGAGCAAGACUUCCGGAAGUUUUGUCUUCAAACCCAAGUUCGGCUUUUUCCUUGCCGACGCCAAAGCUUUAAAACAGCUGUGGAACCUGAGUGGUGAGAAUGGAACGAAGCCGUGUUUUUGUUGUGCUAAUGUGGUAGGCAGGAUUGAGGCCGAGGGCCUUGUCAACCAUGAGUAUUUGGUGCACGUGAGCAGCUGUGAGCAAGACCGCUUCCAGCUGCACACGCCGGAAACUGGUGCAACCAUGGUGCGAGACCUGGCCGCUUUGGCAGGCCGUCCGGCCGAGCAAAAAAAGUUGGGUCAGGUUUGUGGUCUGCAGUACCACGAGAACGGGGCAUUGUGGCAUCCUCGCUUGCAACUGAACCACAUCUCGCAAACCAUGUACGAUUGGAUGCAUGUGCUCGUGACGAGCUCUGCUGUAGGUCAGUACCAGGUGAACGAGUUUGCGAAGGAGCUCAAGCAGAGUUGGCAUGUCAGCCUCGAGUAUCUAGACCACUUCGCACAGACGUUCCAGCUGCCGGCAUGUUACACCGCCCUGCCGAAGAAGUUCUUCCGCGACCGGGUAUGCAUGGAGGCCAACUCCUGCAUCAGGUGCUUUGGCUCCGAGAUGUUGGUUGCGGUGAGGAUUCUUGUGGCCCUGGUCCAGACUGUGCUGGACCCGGCCGGUGUUCUUCCGGAGCACUGCCGCUGCAUGAAGCUGCUGGGAGACAUUUUGGACAUCUUGUCGUCCUCGGUAGCCAGCCCUGCACGCAGGGCCGUGGCUCUGGAAGAGGCCGUGUCGGCACACAGGCCGCUCUUUGCCGAGCUCUACCCCGACUGCCGGAAGCCCAAGUUCCACUGGCUGCACCACGUGCCGGCUCAAGUGCGGAAGUUCGACGCAAUCAUGAGCUGCUUCGCACCAGAGAGGAAGCAUCGAGCUGUGAAAGCCAUCGCCAACCACGUCAGCGGCCCAACGAUCAGCCAGCACGUUGCCCUGAGACUGGGGGCGGAGGUCUUGGAUCUUUUUGGAACAGACACCGUGUGCCGCUCCCACUUCUUGCUUGAGCCCAAACGUCAGGUGCCGUGGGCCAAAGACGUCGUGGCCUCUCUCUUGGGCAUCGAUGUUAUUGGUGUCGAGGCGGCCAGGGCAAUGGUGACGCCAGCUGGUCGCAUCUUCAACGGUGAUGUGGCUUCCUGGAAAAACUGGAUCUAG